CCCCGUCUCCUCCAACCCCCGCCGCUCGCCCCAACCAGCUACAGGCCUCCUGUCUUCCACGUCGCCGGAGGUCUCCUCUCGCCGCCGCCCUCUUCCUGCCCUUCCUUCUCUCCUUUGUCGGCGGGGAGAGGAGUGGAGACCAUCUGAAGCUGGAGCGGUUCCUUCUCUGACAACGAUCUGACUCCUGGCACUGUACACAGACAUUUCAUCUUGUUCAUGUGAUGCCAUCUGUCUGAAUUAAAAGGAGAGCCAACAUAUCAAGAUGACAGAACCAUCAUCAUCAUCAUAUUCAUUGUCUUCCAAAAAGCGACCACGUUCUCCUAAUGAUAAUGAUGAACAUUCUCUACUCAGAGAUCAAAUCUGCUCAAGCCUUGAGGACAAUCUUACAUUCAAUGAUACCAUGAUAGCUCUUCAAUUGAUGCGCACCCAGUUUCCGAAGCUGGAAAAGGUUGCGGUGCAGCCAUUCAUUUUGCAGUCACAACUGUAUAGCAGUGUGAAGGAUAGAACACAAGUUGACAGAGACUUGGAGUCAUUCAAGAAAGAUAAAGUGUUACGUGUAUUCAAACUUAGUUCUGGGCAGGAUGAUCAUGCAAUCAUGUUCAUGGAUGAUUAUUUGAAACAGGUUGCUUUUGCUAUUAAGCGGUCAGGGGGUAAAGACCAAGAUGGUAGUGAAGUAUUUGAGUGGUUUGAGAGAUAUGUUGUCCCUUCAAAACUGGAUGUUAGCAUAAAUCAAUUAGAACUGUGUUCACUGUUAUCACGCGGUGGUGACGUUACAGACAAACAUAUCACGCUGCUGAUGAAUGCUGGUCUCUUAACACGCCAACUUAUUGAUCCAAACAUUUACUGGUUUGCUAUUCCAAGAAUUGGCCCCAUAUUGAAAGGUCUAUCCCAGGGUAGGAAGGAAAUUCUUUCGCUGUUGAACCGCAAAAAGUACAAGGAGAUGCUACUCUCUUCACUGGAGAAGACAAAGCUAAGAUUAUCACCUCUCGAUACGCGGUUCCUCCUUCGCGAUUUGAUUGGAUCUGGUCACAUAAAAACAGUUCAAACGCCCACUGGGUUACUUGCUCGCAUAACAAGAGAUUGAUAAAGCUGCCUGUUGUAAUUCUGCUCAUUUUUCUGCCUUAUCUGCUGGGCACAAUUUACUGAUUCUGAUUUGUUUUUGCAUUCCACAUGUUCUGAACAUCUCUUGAGAGAAAGGAAAGUUACCUA